AUGGAAAUCUAUCACAAAGACGGCACCUUUCCGAGGUACUGUGAUGCGGUGCGGAAAUCGCUCGAUAGCAAUCAAUUCAACGCAUUCGCCGGGCUAACCAGCAACGAGGAUCGGUUCCGGUUUGUGAAUGGGCUGCGAUCGAUCGUGGACGAACUGCGGCUGAAGCGGGAGUACAAUGGAAAGGGCAUGGAACAGGCGGUCGCCCUUAAGACGCUGGGAAACAAGGCGUUCCAGGCGGAACGGUGGAACGAUGCGCUCGUUUUCUACAACAAAUGCUAUGUGUCCACACCGAAGGAAAACGUUCAAGAAAAAUCAAUUAUUCUGGCCAAUCGAAGUGCAGCGUUAUACCAUCUGGAAAAGUAUGAUCUCGCCCUAAGAGACAUGCAGCGUGCCUUGGAUCACCAAUAUCCAAACCAGAUGAUGUAUAAGCUGACUGAACGGAAGGCACGGUGCUUUCUGGCAAAGAAGAAUUAUGAGGCAGCACUUGAAUGCUUCAAAUCUACCGUCACGGCGUUGGAUGACUCGAACCUUCCGCUAGAACGCAAACAAAAGCUAGAACGUGACGCCCAGAUCAUGAUUAAUCUGCUGCCGAAAAACAUCGAGUUGGAGCAGAAGGCGAAGAAAAAGUCUUCCUCAAAACCCGGCGAUCACACGGGACCGGUGGCCGCGAAGAUUCCGGACCACUUCGUUGAGCAGGCGCUCUGGUUCGAUCAAACCGAGGAUGAGGGUCGAUUCGCGCGAACUAGUAGUGAUCUUAAACCGAACACGAUUCUGCUGCUCGAGCGGCCCCACGUGUCGGUGUUGUUGGAGGACUACAGUUUGGAUCAUUGCACGCACUGCUUCAAGCGUGUUUCGGUACCGAUCGCGUGUCCAUUGUGUGCGGACGUGAUAUUCUGUUCCGAUGAGUGUGAAAAGAAAGCGAACGAAUCGUACCACAGGUUUGAGUGUGGCUUCCUUCCCAUUUUGUGGAGCUCCGGUGCGUCCAUCACGUGCCACAUGGCGCUGCGUAUGAUCACGCAAAAGUCGGAGGAGUACUUCAUGAAGCUUAAACCGGAACUCGAGACGGGGUUGACUAACGAGCAGAUCGAUCUAUUGCCGGUUGAUGAUUACCGCAAGGUGUACCAGCUGGUCACACACGAGUCUACGCGAUCACCGGAGGAUUUAUUCCAGCGCACGCUGAUGGCGACGCUGUUGAACACGUGUCUCACCCUGGGUGGGUAUGGCAGUUGCAUGCAAGAGCAAAACUACCUUGGUGGACUGAUCGUGCACAACCUGCAACUGCUGCAGUUCAACGCACACGAGGUGUCGGAAAUGAUCCGAGAGACACCAGACGACAUCGGCAAAUCAACGUUCAUCGGGGGUGGUCUUUAUCCUACGUUGGCGCUGUUUAAUCACUCUUGUGAUCCUGGAGUGACCCGCUACUACCGGGGCAAUCAGGUGUGUGUGCGUACGGUGAAGAACAUUCCGGCUGACUCGAUGGUGGCCGAAAAUUACGGACCACUGUUCACGCAGGUGCGCCGGAAUGAGCGCCAUGAAACGCUACUCAAUCAGUACCGGUUCACGUGCCAGUGUGUGCCGUGUAUGCAGAACUGGCCACUCUUUUCCGAGAUGGAUCCGAACGUUAUCCGGUUCCGGUGCGAUGGAGGCAAGAUUUGCUCGAACGUGCUGGAAAUUCCGGCGGAAGUGAACGAGUUCAUGGUGAAGUGUACGGAGUGCGGUGAGCACACGAACAUCAUGAAGGGUCUGAAGUCGCUGCAGGACACCGAUAUGUUGUUUAAGGCGGCAACGCGCCUGCAUACGGCGGGUGAGUUCGAGGCGGCUUUGAAGAAGUACGUCGAGAUGAUGGAUACGAUGAGCGAUGUGCUGGUGCCCCCGUAUAGGGACUACCAUCUUUGUCAGCAGGGAUUGCGCGCCUGUAUGCUUGAGUUUGGCAAUCGGUUCACCAAAUCGGUAGCAAAAAAGUAAAGACAAAUCUGUGCAGUGAGCUGCUGAAAGCAUUAUGCUGCACUCGCUGAGGAACGCCAAGGAUGGGGCCAAGCAUUUGUGAGAACACGUUUUAUCAUUUCGAGACUUAUUUAUG